AUGAAUGAAUUGGAGCAGCUGGAGCACCUGUCGCUGGUGUCAAAAAUUUGCACGGAACUGGAAAACCAUCUCGGUUUGAACGACAAAGAUUUGGCCGAGUUUAUUAUCGAUCUUGCACAUAAAAACCCUGCCAUCGAGGCAUUCAAGCGCGUGUUAGUUGAAAAUGGUGCCGAAUUUUCAGAUUCCUUCACAACAAAUCUGCUCCGGAUUAUACAGCUCAUGAAACCAGCGGGCAAGCAUGGGGUAUCCGCGUUCGAGGAUGAGGCUAACGAUGGAAAGAACCUUGCUUUCAAGUUUCCCGGCCUGGCAAUACCAAACAACAAGAAAGCGUACUCAUCAGACGAGGAGCAGGGUGAUUCGAAGCAUGACAAGAAUAAGGAGGAGGAGAAAUCCCGCGAACAGCUCGAAGUGGAUAACAUGUUAGCCGAGCUGGAAAAUCUUGCACCGUCUAAAACGACUGAAGAGGACAAACAAGUAAGGCGUCGUGACCGGCGUAGUCAGUCACGAGAACGGAGGAAAGAUCGCAGUAGAUCGAGAGAAAAACGAAGGGAUCGGAGCAGAUCGCGAGAACGGCGAAGAAGAAGCAGAUCGAAGGAAAGAAGACGCAGAAGCCGAUCAAGGAGUCGCGAUCGCCAUGAUCGAGACAGAAAUCGCGACCGGGAGCGUGGUGGUCGUGAAAGAGAUCGUGAUAGAGAAAGGGAUCGUCGAGCGAGAAGAAGUCGUUCGCAAAGCCAAUCGAGGGAAAAAGGCCGUCAUCGCAAUCGGAGCAAUUCGCGAGAGGUACCGAUGGUGGAAAAAAGAAAACGCACACCUCCCAUGCCAGAAGAACCAGAACCGGGCAACAUUUAUGACGGACGUGUCGUGAACAUAGUGGCUUUCGGAUGCUUCGUGCAGCUGGGUGGAUUCCGACGCAAAAAGGAAGGAUUGGUGCACAUUUCGCAACUCUCCACCGAAGGCAGAGUGAACCUGGUUACGGAUGUAGUCAAUCGUGGUGAUGAAGUGAAGGUGAAGGUGAUGUCCCUUGCGGGUAACAAAAUUUCACUCAGUAUGAAGGAGGUAGAUCAAUCGAACGGACGCGAUUUAAAUCCAUUGUCGCACGCACAUCUAAAGGAAGCGGCAGAUUCGGAAGCUGCCGGUCGUAAUCCAGAUCGUCCGAUGACCGUUCCAUCUAUGCUAAAUCUCCAAGAAGGCACCCUCGAACCGGUGGAGGAAACGUCACGCAAAAAGGUGACGCGUAUAUCUUCGCCCGAACGGUGGGAAAUCAAACAGAUGAUCUCGUCCGGUGUGAUUGAUCGGUCCGAGAUGCCAGACUUUGAUGAAGAAACGGGUCUGCUGCCGAAGGAUGAAGAUAGUGAAGCAGACAUUGAGAUUGAAAUUGUAGAGGACGAACCACCGUUCCUACAGGGACAUGGGCGCGCCCUACACGAUCUCUCCCCCGUUAGAAUAGUGAAGAAUCCCGAUGGUUCACUCGCACAAGCGGCCAUGAUGCAGACGGCAUUGGCGAAAGAGCGGCGCGAGCAGAAAAUGCUGCAACGUGAACAAGAAAUGGACGCAGUGCCGACGAACAUGAACAAAAAUUGGAUUGACCCACUACCGGACGAGGAUGAUGAACGGACUAUGGCGUCCAAUACACGCGGUGUCGGAAUGUCCACCCAAGACGUACCGGAAUGGAAGAAGGCCAUCAUUGGCGGUAAGAAAAGUUCGUUCGGACGGAAAACGGAUAUGAGUCUGGUAGAGCAGCGGCAAUCGUUGCCAAUAUACAAGUUGCGCGAUGAUCUCAUAAAGGCAGUUACGGAUAACCAAAUACUGAUCGUAAUCGGCGAGACUGGUUCGGGCAAAACCACCCAAAUUACGCAGUACCUCGCGGAGAGUGGAUUUAUUGCGCGAGGAAAGAUUGGCUGUACGCAGCCCCGUCGUGUCGCUGCCAUGUCGGUGGCAAAGCGUGUGGCAGAGGAGUACGGUUGCCGGUUAGGGCAGGAAGUUGGCUAUACGAUCCGUUUCGAGGACUGCACAAGCCAGGAAACGGUGAUCAAGUACAUGACGGAUGGUAUGUUGCUGCGUGAAUGUUUGGUUGAUUUUGACCUCAAAUCAUACUCCGUCAUUAUGCUGGACGAAGCGCACGAACGUACGAUUCAUACGGACGUGCUGUUUGGGUUGCUAAAGCAAGCGGUACAGAAGCGACCGGAACUGAAACUGAUCGUCACGUCCGCUACGCUUGAUGCGGUAAAGUUUUCGCAGUAUUUCUUUGAGGCACCCAUUUUCACCAUCCCUGGGCGUACGUUCCCGGUGGAGAUUCUCUACACGAAGGAACCGGAAACGGACUAUCUGGACGCUUCGCUCAUAACCGUAAUGCAGAUUCAUCUACGCGAACCACCAGGAGAUGUGCUGCUUUUUCUCACUGGUCAAGAAGAAAUUGACACUGCGUGCGAAAUUCUGUACGAACGCAUGAAAUCGCUCGGUCCGGAUGUUCCGGAAUUAAUUAUACUGCCCGUAUAUUCUGCGCUUCCAUCGGAAAUGCAAACACGCAUCUUCGAUCCAGCACCGCCCGGUAGUCGUAAGGUAGUGAUUGCUACCAAUAUCGCAGAAACUUCACUCACAAUCGAUGGCAUCUACUACGUGGUGGAUCCCGGAUUCGUAAAGCAAAAAGUGUACAACUCAAAGACGGGUAUGGACUCGCUUGUGGUUACUCCCAUCUCUCAAGCGGCUGCCAAACAACGUGCGGGUCGUGCCGGCCGUACAGGGCCAGGAAAAGCUUACCGCCUAUACACAGAACGAGCCUACCGGGACGAAAUGUUGCCAACGCCUGUGCCCGAGAUUCAGCGAACCAAUCUAGCUACCACGGUGCUUCAGCUAAAAACGAUGGGUAUCAACGAUCUGCUGCAUUUCGAUUUCAUGGACGCACCACCGGUCGAGUCGCUGGUGAUGGCUCUGGAGCAGUUGCACUCCCUGUCCGCACUCGAUAACGAAGGUCUGCUGACGCGGCUCGGUCGAAGAAUGGCCGAAUUCCCGCUCGAACCGAACCUUUCCAAGCUGCUCAUCAUGUCCGUAGCGUUGCAGUGUUCCGACGAGGUGCUCACGAUCGUGUCCAUGCUCUCCGUACAGAACGUGUUCUACCGACCGAAGGACAAACAGGCACUGGCGGAUCAGAAGAAGGCAAAGUUCAACCAGAUCGAAGGGGACCAUUUGACGCUGCUGGCUGUUUAUAACAGCUGGAAGAACAAUAAGUUUUCUAACGCCUGGUGUUACGAAAAUUUUGUACAAAUUCGUACGCUAAAGCGUGCCCAGGACGUACGGAAACAGUUGCUCGGUAUUAUGGAUCGACACAAGCUGGAUGUUGUUUCCGCUGGUAAGAAUACGGUACGCGUACAGAAAGCCAUCUGCUCCGGUUUCUUCCGAAAUGCGGCAAAGAAGGAUCCACAAGAGGGAUAUCGAACGUUGGUUGACUCACAAGUCGUUUACAUUCAUCCGUCCAGCGCACUAUUUAACCGACAACCGGAAUGGGUGGUUUAUCACGAGCUCGUUCAGACUACGAAGGAGUAUAUGCGAGAAGUUACCACAAUCGAUCCAAAAUGGUUGGUAGAGUUCGCGCCUGCAUUCUUCCGCUUCUCGGACCCAACGAAGCUGAGCAAAUUCAAGAAGAACCAACGUCUAGAACCGCUGUACAACAAGUACGAGGAACCGAACGCGUGGCGUAUCAGCAGAACGCGAAGGCGCAGAAAUUAA